CUUUGGACACCUUUUCCAAAACCACACCCAAAAAAAUCACAACACUGCACCCAGCCAGAACCCCAACUCCCCCACCCACCAGUCACCACUACCACCGCAACCAAUGGCGGCGAUAUCCGCCGCCGUAGCGGCCUUCUCUUCAUCCCUCGCCUCCCUCCACCUCUCCCGCCCCUCCUCGCUCUCCCGCACCCGCUGCCACCUCCGCACCAUCACCUCCUCUCUCUCCUCCUCUACCGAAUUCAACAUCACCUUCGCUCCUAAACCCCCAAGCCCUAAACCCGAAGAACCAUCUCCCUCCAUCACCGACGACCUAGGCCGCCAGCUCUUCAUCCCCUGGAUUGUCCGCGACGACAACGGCAACCUCACUCUCACGACGACCCCGCCGCCGCGCCUCCUCCACGAGAUGGCCAACGCCACCACGCAGAAGAAGAAGGCCAAGGAGAAGAAGACCACGAAGAAGAAAGAUAGUCCGAGCAACAAAGUGGUUGCGGCGGCGGCAUCGGAGAAGCCGCCGCCGCCCAAGUAUUCGAAGGCGGCGAGGAGGUUUUAUAAUGAGAAUUUUAGGGAGCCGCAGCAGCAGCGACUUAGUAAGGUUCUUGCUUCAUCUGGAGUGGCAUCGAGGAGGAGCAGUGAAGAGCUUAUUUUUGGAGGACGGGUGACUGUUAAUGGUUCUGUCUGCAACACUCCUCAGACUAGAGUUGAUCCUGCAAGGGAUGUAAUAUAUGUCAAUGGAAACCGCCUUCCUAAGAGAUUGCCUCCAAAGGUCUACCUCGCCCUCAACAAGCCAAAAGGGUACAUUUGCUCUUCUGGCGAGAAGGAGACUAAGUCAGUCAUUUCGCUAUUUGAUGACUAUUUGAAGAGUUGGGAUAAAAGGAAUCCGGGGCAACCAAAACCGAGAUUGUUUACUGUCGGCCGCCUUGAUGUUUCCACAAGUGGAUUGAUCAUUGUGACAAAUGAUGGGGAGUUUGCGCAGAAACUUUCACAUCCUUCUUCCAAUUUCUCAAAGGAAUAUAUUGCAACAGUAAAUGGUAAGGUCAACCAGCGUCACCUAAUUGCAAUAAGUGAGGGAACAGUCAUUGAUGGCACCCAUUGCACUCCAGAUGCUGUGGAGCUACUACCACAACAGCCUGAUAUAUCCAGACCUCGACUUCGUAUUGUGGUUCAUGAGGGCAGAAACCAUGAAGUUCGGGAACUUGUAAAAAAUGCUGGACUGGAGAUUCAUUCACUAAAGCGUACACGUAUAAGUGGUUUCAAGCUUCCAUCAGAUCUUGGGAUUGGAAAGCAUAUUGAACUAAAACAAUCUAAUCUGAGGGCUCUUGGCUGGAAGAGUUAGCAAAUUGCUGCCGAAGCACUUCGAAGCAAUUUUUUUAAACACCCUGCAACGUGGCUUGAAGGUGAAAGUAUCUGACAAUGUCUUGCAGGUGGGAAAAAACUGAAUGUGGCCUAAGAAUUCUGCGAAUUGGACCCUUUUCUUCCUACAAAUGGGCUUCCAAAUCAGUGCAACCCCUUUGAAGAAAUGACAGGCAAAUAUCAUUGUUGAACCUGAAGAGACCGGGUUCAAAGAAGUAGGUGUUGUACAUAGCGCAAGAUGUAGCUGGGGUAAUUAAUUUCAUGUCUACUGAUAAAUAAAUUGUUCAGUGCUAAACAUCUUUUUGUGAACUGUUUGUUAACUUGAAGAAGAAAGAUAAUUAUCACUUGACCCGUCUUCGAAUUUA